AUGAACACCUUUGGAAUCAAUUCUACACGUCGCAACAUUAAGGAUGACCUUAAAACCGCGGAACAACGCCGUCAAGGCGAGCAACGACGAGCACUUCAGAUCCGAAACAGAGCCAAGUUCACUUGUCCUCUGAACGCUGGUCCUUUUGUGUACAACUCAUUUCCAGCUGCCAGAGAUGUCAGUUCGGAAUCUGAUUGUCGGGAUGCUAUUGCUGGAGACAACAUUGAAGCUGAGAUGAUGGAGACUUAUACCUUGCCCUCCAUCCUUCUUUGGGAAUCGUCGCAAGUAGCAAGGCGGAUCUGUCUGUGGCCGAGCUUGCUAAAGGAUUCUCUUGUCUUUCUGUUGACUGCAAUGAAAUGGAAGUUGAUCAAGACGAAAUGGACAUCGAUCUACCUGAAAUUGACUGGAUGCAAGUCAAUAUUGAUGAAAUGGAAGUCGAUCUAA